CAGAUUUAGCAAUAUAUCUUUUUGACGACGUCCUUCACAAGGUCUUUUUUCGAAGUCAUGGUGGCGGACGAGAAAGGGCUGCAAGCUCACGUUGUAAUCGUUGGUGCUGGUCUCGCAGGGAUCUGCACUGCAGUCGAGCUGAAAAAACAGCUGGGGUUCGAGAAUUUUACUAUUUAUGAAAGAGAUUCUACUCUUGGUGGAACAUGGAGGGACAAUACAUAUCCCGGAUGUGGUUCCGAUAUACCUGGACAUUGGUAUUCCCUUUCAACAGAGCUGAACCCACACUGGAGCAACCUUUACGCUACUCAACCAGAGAUCCGCGACUACUGGCAAAACAUCUUCGAUAAAUACAAUCUGCAAUCUCAUACCCAGUUCAAUUCAAAGGUCACUUCCGCGAUAUGGAGCAAUGCUACACAGAAAUACACCGUUGAGAUCACGAAUACGCUGUCGGGAGAAAAAACCUUGGUUGAAACGAAUGUAAUGUUCUACGCCAUCGGCGGAUUCCAGAAACCUGUAUUUUCGACGGAUGUCCCCGGUAGAGAGUGUUUUAAGGGACAUAUCUGGCAUUCAGCGCGAUAUCGACAUGAUGUUGAUUUGAAAGGUAAAAGGGUUGGAGUAAUUGGGAAUGGAUGUUCGGGGGCACAAUUAGUUCCUACCUUAUCCGAAGACCCCUCUGUCCAAGUUACCAACUUUUGUCGAACCCCCCAGUGGUAUGUUCCACGCACUAAUUAUGCAUAUCCUCGUUGGGUCAAGUGGAUAUUUGCCCAUAUACCAUUCACGAUGAGGUGGUAUCGCAAUCUUCUGAUGGUCAGGAGUGAUUUGACCUUUGUUAUUUUCCGGAAGAGCAACAAAAGGAUUGUAGCAUUAGUGACAAAGCUACUUUCCAAAUACAUUGCAUUAAAAGCACCCAAAAUCCAAGUUACAAAGCUUACACCAAAUUAUCCCCCUGGUUGCAAACGUCUCAUAGUUGACCCAGGCUAUCUGGAAUGCUUGAAUCGUCCGAACGUGGACAUCACAUGGGAUCGUAUCGAAAGGAUUGUCGAAAACGGAAUCAAACUCGACACGGGGGAGGUUGUUCCUCUCGACGUUAUCAUCUUUGCCACGGGUUACUCAGUGGAUCCCGAAGAUUUGCAUGUACGCGGGAGUUUGGAUACUACAGUGAGGAGCUUCUACAAAUCGCAAGGAGGGCCUGUUGCGUAUUUAGGAAGCGCAAUUCCAGGAUUCCCUAACCUUUUUAUUCUUCUUGGGCCGAAUGUCAUUUCUGGUAGCACCUCCGUUAUCUUUGUGCAAGAAGCUCAGAUAGGACUAGCUCUAAAACUGAUCAAGCCCGUGCUUGCGGGUCAUUUAAAGUCAGUGGAGGUAAAGCAAGAGGUGUCGGAACAGUACAACCUGUGGUUACAAGACCGUCUCAAAGACUCUGUGUGGAAUUCAUGCGACUCGUAUUACCAUUGGGACAACGAUAGAAAUAGUCGAAAUGUGGCCUCAUUUCCAGGUCCGGCCACUCUUUUGUAUUGGCUGAUGAGAAAAGCGGAGAGAUGGGAAGACUGGAAAGUUGUUGAGGUAGACUCGCAAACAGGAUGGAUCAGGAAGCAAAAUCGGAACGCAAGGAGGAAUAUACUGCUGGGUCUGAGUAGCAUACCAUUGGCGGUGCUUUUGUAUCAUAAGUAUUUCUGAUCUUCAAUCAGGAACAGUGGAAAAGGACCGGAAAGGGAAGGAAAGGGAGGGCUGACAGAUUGAGUAUAAUCGAAUCAAUCAGCAACCCUGAGGGAGUACGAGAGUCGCUUCAUCGAAGGACCAAGGGGGAGGCUGGAAGGCUACUCUGACUGAAUAUAUCAUCCUUCCCCUUCUUCGUGGUCUCGACGUCCGUCAAAAUGGCGUCGCUACAAAACAUUCUGGGCAAAAUUCCGUGUUCAAAUGAUUAUUCACAAGCAGAGUAGAUAGAUGGAUAGAUU